GCUCAUACUCCCUUACCUCCUUCGUCAUCCGCAGACUACGCCAUGCCAGGCGAAAUACGAACAGCGAAGCCUUCUGGGCUCAAAUCCUACUAUCAAGCGAAGAUCGAGGCUGCUGAGCUCCUCAUAAACCAGAAGACACAGAACCUGCGCCGUCUGGAGGCACAGCGGAAUGCUCUGAACGCGCGAGUGCGGCUACUCCGUGAGGAGCUCCAGCUGCUUCACGAACCGGGCAGCUAUGUUGGGGAGGUCGUGAAGGCUAUGGGCAAGAAUAAGGUCCUCGUGAAGGUCCAGCCUGAGGGCAAAUACAUUGUUGACACUGACUCCGAGAUCAAUAUCAACCUACUCACUCCAUCCCUCCGCGUCGCUCUCCGUUCUGACACCUACACAAUACACAAGAUUCUGCCUAACAAGGUCGACCCGCUCGUAUCGCUCAUGAUGGUCGAGAAGGUCCCAGAUAGCACUUAUGAAAUGGUCGGCGGUCUCGACAAGCAGAUUAAGGAGAUUAAGGAGGUCAUUGAGCUGCCCGUCAAGCACCCAGAACUCUUCGAAUCGCUCGGUAUCGCGCAGCCGAAGGGUGUACUCCUGUACGGCCCCCCUGGUACGGGAAAAACGCUGCUCGCACGUGCCGUUGCGCAUCACACAGACUGCAAGUUCAUCCGUGUCUCUGGUUCGGAACUUGUCCAGAAGUAUAUUGGUGAGGGCAGUCGGAUGGUCCGUGAGCUCUUCGUCAUGGCGCGAGAACAUGCCCCAAGUAUCAUCUUCAUGGACGAGAUCGACUCCAUUGGAAGCUCACGAGGAGAAAGCGGCUCGGGCGGCGGCGACUCUGAAGUACAACGGACGAUGUUAGAGCUGCUUAACCAGCUUGACGGUUUCGAGCCGUCGAAGAAUAUCAAGGUCAUCAUGGCGACUAAUCGGAUAGACAUCCUCGACUCCGCUCUUCUGCGACCUGGUCGUAUUGACCGCAAGAUCGAGUUUCCGCCACCGGGCCCGGAAGCGCGCGUGGCCAUUCUUCGUAUUCACUCGCGAAAGAUGUCCUUGCAACGCGGGAUCAACCUUCGCGCUUUGGCAGAAAAGAUGGGCCAAUGUUCCGGUGCUGAAGUCCGAGGCAUCUGUACGGAGGCUGGUAUGUACGCAUUGCGGGAGCGAAGGCAGCACGUCACACAAGAAGAUUUCGAGUUUGCCGUUGCGAAGGUCCUCAAGAAGAACCAAGAGGGCAAUACCUCGGUCAACAAGCUGUUCUCGUAAUGUAGGAUCGUUCAUUGUAUUCGUAGAUGAUGCAUAUAUUUUUGGCGCACGCUUUGUUUCUGUUGGAGACUUGCGACGUUCUCUUGCUGGAUCAAAGCGUCCGCCAUGGUUUAAUUCCUGC